AGGAUGCUGGAACUGGGCGCUUGUUCGGUCAGUGCGCAGGCCGCCUUAUCUGACCGCCAUGCCCACAUCCCCCCUCCACCUCUGGCCACCGCCGGCAGCCGCGUGGGCGGCAUGUGCCCGGGCAUGGGCGAGGUCCCGACUCCCCGCUGCUACAUCCUGCCGCCCGAGGACCCGGAGAGCUGGCACAAGCACCGCAGCGGCUUUGGACUGUCCGGCGCCGGGAUGGGCCUGGGGAUGGGGAUGUCGUCAUCGUGCUCGGGCUCGCUGCUGGAGCCGCCCAGCCUGGUGGAGAGCCUGCUGUCGCGCAGCAGCAGUCGCGACACGCUCUACGUGCCCCGUGGCGCCAUGCUGCCCUCCUCGCUGGACCUGGUGGCGGCUGCCGCCCUGGAGGGCGUGGCGGGGGGACUCCCUGCACAGGCGGGCCUGGACCCUGUCAUGACCAUCAGCCCCAGCGCCAUUAAGAGGCGGCGGGGGGGUCUGAUUGAGCAGCGGGACAUCAUUAAGGCGCACCAAGCACACAAGAUACAAAGCACCCCGCAGGCCCGACGCAAGGAGUGGGAAAUGGCCCGGUUUGGUGACGAUGUCCCCGGGCUUUUGGGACCGGGGGACGGGGGAUCGGAGCGCAACAGGAGCCGCGAUGGAGCAGCGGUGUCCACAGGUGGAAUCUCACCAGCCUUCAAGCAGACCAAAGCUCAGCGAGCCCGCACCAUGGCCCUGUACAACCCCAUUCCCGUCAGGCAGAACUGCUUUACCGUGAACAGAUCGCUGUUCAUCUUUGGCGAGGACAACGUUGUUCGUAAAUACGCCAAGAAGAUCAUUGAGUGGCCUCCGUUUGAGUACAUGAUCCUGGCCACCAUCAUCGCCAACUGCAUAGUGCUAGCACUGGAACAACACCUCCCCGGGGAUGACAAGACACCCAUGUCCAAGAGACUGGAGAAAACGGAGCCCUACUUCAUCGGGAUGUUUUGUUUCGAGGCUGGAAUUAAAAUAGUGGCGCUGGGAUUUGUAUUCCACAAGGGCUCCUAUCUGAGGAACGGAUGGAACGUCAUGGACUUCAUAGUCGUCCUCAGCGGGAUCCUGGCCACAGCUGGUGCACACAUGAACAUUCCAGUUGACUUGCGGACUCUGAGGGCAGUGAGGGUGCUCAGGCCACUCAAGCUGGUCUCUGGGAUUCCCAGCCUGCAGAUCGUGCUGAAGUCCAUCAUGAAGGCCAUGGUGCCGCUGCUGCAGAUUGGCCUGCUCCUCUUCUUUGCCAUCCUCAUGUUCGCCAUCAUUGGCCUGGAGUUCUACAGCGGCAAGCUGCACAGCACCUGCAUGGCCCUGCCCAGCAUUCUGGACAAUGAGACCCUGGACAUUUCUGACGUGGAGUAUCCCUGCGGCUUCCGGCAGUGCCCCAGCGGAUACAACUGCAGCGAGUUCGCCUGGAUCGGCCCCAAUGACGGGAUCACCCAGUUCGACAACAUCCUGUUCGCCCUCCUCACUGUAUUCCAGUGCAUCACCAUGGAGGGCUGGACCACUGUACUUUACAAUACCAAUGAUGCCUUAAACCCCACGUGGAAUUGGCUCUACUUCAUCCCCCUCAUCAUCAUCGGCUCCUUCUUCGUGCUCAACCUGGUCCUGGGAGUGCUUUCAGGGGAGUUUGCGAAGGAGAGGGAGCGGGUGGAGAACCGACGGGCCUUCAUGAAGCUGCGGCGUCAGCAGCAGAUCGAGAGGGAGCUCAACGGCUACCGCGCCUGGAUCGACCGGGCAGAGGAGGUAAUGCUGGCCGAAGAGAGUAAAAACUCAGGGCCCUCUGCUCUGGAUGCUCCCGACACGCUGUCUGAAUGGGAAACAGACAGUAACCAUGUGCUGAAGAGAGCCACCAUAAAGAAGAGAGGAGAGGCUAUCCACCGGCGGCCAGGGGACGAACAGUACACAGACAUCCCCUCCAUGGGCAUGCCUCUGAACAGAGCCAGCAUCAGGAGUGCCAAGCGUGGUCCCACAGCCUACUUCCGCCGCAAAGAGCGCAUGCUUCGCAUCCAGGUGCGCCGCAUGGUGAAGACGCACACCUUCUACUGGACCGUACUGGGCCUGGUGGCCCUCAACACGCUCUGCGUGGCCAUCGUCCACCACGACCAGCCAGAGUGGCUCUCCAUCUUCCUCUACUAUGCAGAGUUCCUGUUCCUGGGCCUGUUCCUCAUGGAGAUGUUUUUGAAAAUGUACGGCCUGGGACCGCGGCUCUACUUCCACUCCUCCUUCAACUGCUUUGAUUGCGGAGUGAUCGUGGGGAGCAUCUUGGAGGUGCUCUGGGGUUUCUUCAGGCCCGGCAUGUCCUUCGGCAUCAGUGUCCUCAGAGCCCUGCGCUUGCUGAGGAUCUUCAAGAUCACCAAGUACUGGGCAUCUCUGCGGAACCUGGUGGUGUCCCUGAUGAACUCCAUGAAGUCCAUCAUCAGUCUGCUCUUCCUCCUCUUCCUCUUCAUCGUGGUCUUUGCCCUGCUGGGAAUGCAGCUCUUUGGUGGCAGGUUCACCUUCGAAGACUUCACGCCCACCAACUUCGAUACUUUCCCAGCCGCCAUCAUGACUGUCUUUCAGAUCCUCACAGGAGAGGACUGGAAUGAGGUGAUGUAUGACGGGAUCCGCUCGCAGGGCGGCGUGAGGUCCGGCAUGUGGUCGUCCAUCUACUUCAUCGUCCUCACUCUGUUUGGGAACUAUACACUCCUCAACGUGUUUUUGGCCAUUGCUGUGGACAAUCUGGCCAAUGCUCAGGAACUUACGAAGGAUGAAGAGGAGGAAGAGGCGGCAUUCAACCAGAAGCACGCACUGCAGAAGGCCAAGGAAGUGGGUCCCAUGUCGUCCAUCAUGUCCUCAGACAGGCGGAGGAGGCCCUACCUGUACAGGAGGCGCGCCAUUCACAGGAGCCGGCCUGCCUACUCCCUGGAGGAGGCGGAGAGGUUCGCUGAGAGCUCCCGGGCGCCGUCAUUCAACUCCUCUACCUCUUUCAUGUCCAGGCGAGAGCGUCGUCGUCGCUUGACCAUGUCAGUGUGGGAGCAGCGCACCAGCCAGCUGCGCCGCCACCGGCAGAUGUCCAGCCGCGAGGUCCUGUACAGCGCCAAGCCCGGCGAGGAGAACAACCACCAGGAGCUCCACCGCAAGCCCACACUCUCCCCGACCGACGGCGGCUCAUGCCGGCUGCCCAAUCCCGUCAUUGCCCCCAUGGUGGCGGCCGCUGCGGGGGCUGUGCCCGGAGAUGCCGCCGCCGGAACCACCGCCACUGCCACCCUGCCCAUGGAUCUGACGCUGGGGGAGAACCCGCUAACGCUGCCCGAGCCACCGCUGAGCCUGCCAGAACCGCCGCUGCCCAUGGAUCUGCCGCUGCCCGAGCCGCCGCUCGUAGCCGACCUGCCCAGCCCCGACGGGGCCUCCACACCCGAGGCAAAGCCGCAGGCCGCACUGGACGGCAAGCAGGGGGUCACCAACCACUACCACCAUGGCCUGGGCGCACGCCGGAUGCAUGAGCGGAGGCAGAGGGUCGCGCGGAAGAUUCGGUCGCCCGUGGGGGACACGCUCACGCCAGACAUGGGCGGGGUGAGGCCCAGGAGGCCCCGGCACCGCGAGGGCCGGGACGGGGGGGAGGCUGGCGGGAGGGACUCGCAGGAGGAGAGCAGCCGCUCGGUCAGCAGGGAGAGAGGAGCGCCGGACGCGGUCGAGCAGGAGAACCGUGAGGGAGGCACUGGUCACAGAGAAACAUCUGGAAACGAGCAGAGCAGGCACAAUGACCCAGAAUUCUCUGCCUUUCCUGACCUCUUGUCCACUACGCCCGAGUCGAGUUCGCCCCAUGCCAGGAGGAGGGAGGAGCUCUCCCAAGACGACCGCGCGACUCUACAGCUCUCCGGUGACCCAGAUCCUGACCCUUCGGACGGCCCCAAGGGUAGCGGAGAGGGCGAUGGCAACGCCGACCCAUCCAGCCUCUGCCAGGACAAGUCCCCCCUCAGCAGCAGCAUAGUCAUCGAAGUGACGGACGUGCAUACGUCCGCACUGGAGCUGACCUCCAUGGGUGGUAACACCAAAGACGUGGAGGCUGCAGUGAAGUCGGAGAAGGAGGAGGAGGAGGAGGCCAGUAAUCCACCCAAAGCCAUCUCACCCAACAGCAUGUUUAUCUUCAAACCCAACAACCCUGUCCGUAGGGCCUGUCACUACAUUGUCAACCUGCGUUACUUUGAGAUGUCCAUCCUGCUUGUGAUCGCCGCCAGCAGCAUCGCCCUGGCCGCCGAAGACCCCGUGGCCACCGGCUCGGACUGGAACCUAGUUUUGCGAUACUUUGAUUAUGUCUUCACGGGGGUGUUCACCUUUGAAAUGAUCAUUAAGAUGAUUGAUCAGGGUUUGAUUCUCCAUGAUGGCUCGUACUUUCGGGACCUAUGGAACAUUCUGGACUUCGUCGUAGUGAUUGGAGCUCUGGUGGCCUUUGCGCUCACGAAUGUGAUGGGGAAUAAUAAGGGAAGAGAUAUAAAGACCAUCAAGUCUCUGCGCGUGCUUCGAGUCCUGAGACCUUUGAAGACCAUCAAGAGACUUCCCAAGUUAAAGGCAGUUUUUGACUGUGUGGUCAACUCUCUGAAGAACGUUUUCAACAUCCUCAUCGUCUACAAGCUCUUCAUGUUCAUCUUUGCCGUGAUAGCUGUGCAGCUUUUCAAAGGGAAGUUUUUCUACUGCACGGACAGCUCCAAAGACACGCAGACGGACUGCAAGGGAUAUUACAUCGACUACGAGAAAGACAAGAAGGAGGUGAAGAAGAGGGAGUGGAAGAGGCACGACUUUCACUAUGACAACGUGGUCUGGGCCCUGCUGACCCUCUUCACCGUCUCUACAGGCGAGGGCUGGCCACAGGUCCUGCAGCACUCAGUGGACGUGACCGAGGAGGAUCGCGGUCCCAGCCGAGGGAACCGGAUGGAGAUGUCCAUCUUCUAUGUGGUCUACUUUGUGGUCUUCCCCUUCUUCUUUGUGAACAUCUUUGUGGCCCUCAUCAUCAUCACCUUCCAGGAGCAGGGCGACAAGAUGAUGGAGGAGUGCAGCCUGGAGAAGAAUGAGAGGGCCUGCAUUGACUUUGCCAUCAGCGCCAAACCACUGACUCGCUACAUGCCCCAGAACAGGCAGACCUUCCAGUACCGGCUGUGGCACUUUGUGGUGUCACCCUCGUUUGAGUACACAGUGCUGGCCAUGAUCGCCCUCAAUACCAUAGUCCUCAUGAUGAAGUAUUACUCGGCCCCACCGGCGUACGACACGGUGCUGAAACACCUGAACACGGCCUUCACUGUGCUCUUCUCUGUGGAGUGUGUGCUCAAGAUCAUGGCGUUCGGCUUCCUGAACUACUUUCGCGAUACGUGGAAUAUAUUUGACUUCAUUACCGUCCUUGGCAGCAUCACUGAAAUUGUAAUGGUGGACAUGCAGGUAAAAUCAACAUCCGUCAACAUGAGCUUCCUGAAGCUCUUCAGAGCAGCUCGGCUGAUUAAGUUGCUCAGACAGGGCUACACCAUACGAAUACUACUCUGGACCUUUGUACAGUCCUUUAAGGCUCUACCUUAUGUGUGUCUGCUCAUUGCCAUGCUGUUCUUCAUAUAUGCCAUCAUUGGAAUGCAGGUUUUUGGAAAUAUAAAGCUGGAUGAGGAGUCUCACAUCAACCAGCACAACAACUUCAAGACGUUCUUUGGAGCUCUCAUGCUUCUCUUCAGGAGUGCUACGGGGGAGUCAUGGCAGGAGAUCAUGCUGUCCUGUCUGGGGGGGAAGGACUGUGAGCAGGACCCCCUAAACAAAGGAGGCUGUGGCACAGACUUCGCCUACUUCUACUUUGUCUCCUUCAUCUUCUUCAGCUCAUUCCUGAUGCUGAACCUGUUUGUGGCGGUCAUCAUGGAUAACUUUGAGUACCUCACAAGAGACUCCUCCAUCCUGGGCCCUCAUCACCUGGAUGAGUUUGUGCGCAUCUGGGGCGAGUACGACCGUGCCGCAUGUGGCCGCAUUCAUUACACUGACAUGUACGAGAUGCUGACGCACAUGUCUCCGCCUCUUGGCCUGGGCAAGAAAUGUCCUUCCAAAGUUGCUUAUAAGAGGCUGGUGCUGAUGAACAUGCCUGUGGAUGAGGAAAUGUCCGUCCACUUCACCUCCACACUCAUGGCCCUGAUCCGCACGGCGCUGGAGGUCAAGAUCGCCCGAGGGGGAGAGGACAGAGGCCAGAUGGACAUGGAUCUGCAGAAGGAGAUCAGUGUGAUUUGGCCACAUCUCUCUCAGAAGGCCUUGGACCUGCUGGUGCCUAUUCAUAAAGCCAGUGACAUGACUAUUGGCAAGAUCUAUGCAGCUAUGAUGAUAAUGGACUACUACAAACAGAGUAAAGCCAAGAAGUUGAGACAGCAGCUGGAGGAGCAGAAACAUGCCCCCAUGUUUCAGCGCAUGGACGCCUCCUCUCUGCCUCAGGACAUUCUCAGCAAUGCCAAAGCUCUACCAUUCCUCGCUCGCAGCACUGGCUCUGCCCUGGGCGGAUUUGUGGCCUUGAGUCCCAUUUCUCCGCAGGAGUUGUUCAUGUCGCCUAUGACAUGCCAUGAUGUGGAGGAGCAGGAAGAGCCGUAUCACCACCACUACCACGGCCAUCACCUGCACACUAUGGUGCCGGAGAGCAAAGACUUUAAUCCCAUCCUUUGCCCCACUAACAGGCAGGGCUCGCCGCUCGAGGUGCCUGGCCGGGCAGUGUCCAUCCGGGCCUCCUCGAUGCCGCGGCUGGCUAUAGAAACACAGGUACCCACUGAGAGUACUCUGAUGAAGCGCUCUUUCUCCACUAUUGGAGACCAAUGUGUGAAUGACCUGUGGCAGGAGGAGUACUCUCUGGAAAGAAUCAGCCCUGACCAGCUAAACAGGCCACGCCAGCGCAGCUUCAGAGCUGUCAGGUCUAACCUCAGAGAGCAGUUGGACAAGGAGAGGGGACGUUCCAAAGAGCGCCGCCACCUCCUCUCCCCGGACGUGUCCCGCUGUAACUCGGAGGAGCGCAGCCAGCACCCAUCACGGGAACGCAAGCAGUCACGCUCACCCAGCGAAGGACGGGCACAUUCUCCGUUGAAACAGGGGAUCAACUCGGCGAGCCCCAACCCGUCCAACUCAGAGAACAGCACCCCCCGUGGUCGCCGGCAGCUCCCCCAGACGCCCUCCCGGCCUCGGCCGCACAUCUCCUACUCCCCCCUGGUGUGCCGAGCGCAGCUUCCCCCUCUGGCCUCCGCCGAGGCGCACCCCAGGACUCAGACAGAGGCCGCUGAGGCCGAGGAGCCUAGGCUGGGCGCAGGGCUGGGCGCGGGGCUGGGACCGACCCAGGGGCCCUCCGCGGUGCUCCCGAGUCUCGCUGCCCCGGCGACGGUGGCCCUUCACUCUUCCCCCCAGCGCUACAUCUCAGAGCCAUACCUGGCCCUCCACGAGGAGCUCCACAGCCUGGAGGGGGCCAGCACGGAGGAGACUCUCACCUUCGAGGCGGCCAUGGCCACCAGCCUGGGCCGCGCCAACACCAUCAGCUCGGCGCCGCAGCUGCGCCACUCCUGGCAGGUGCCCAACGGCCACUUCCGCAAGCGCCUCGGCCAGGCGUCCCCGAGCGCCGCCUGCGACCUGCUGAGCGACACCGACGAGGAUGACCGCUGCUAGGACCGCGGGGAAGGAAUGGAGUGGAUGCAUGUUCGCCCAGGAGGACUGAGGGACAGGUGAACCCCUAAAAAGAGAGAGUAUAAAGGAUGAAAAAGAGAGAGAACGAAACACAGAAAUAAAGAAGAGAAGAGGAGAGGCCAGAAGUAAGAGCUCGGGUCAUAGGUAGCUAGACUUCAACCAUGUGUUUCAACAUGUUCUGUGUUCUGUGUGUGGGAACUGAGCUUCACUUGCCAAAAUUGCAAACAAAAUCUGAUCUGCGAAUGAGUGGGAGGCAGGCACAGGCCUCAGUCUUGCUGAUCAGAGAUAGGGCUGGGUAGUAUAUCACAUUUAUCAGAUUGAUUCAAGUUUAGAUUGAAAAAGAUCUAUGUGAAAAAUGUCCUCAAUUUUCCUCAGCUGUCUCUCAAACACCAGCAGCAGGACUUACCAUCAGUUUAGAAGACGCUGCUUUUCCAACUGGCUACUGUUUUGGUUGCGACUUGCAGAGCUGCGCAGAAUCACCAUGCACACAAAUAUAAAUGUGUGCUUACAACACAGUAGCCUAGAAAUGCGCUAUAUAAAUAAACUUGACUUGACUUGACUUGACCAUUUGCAUAGGUGGUGUAGGUUCUAAAUAGAUCAUAAUUAAGUUACGCUUAAUUGACAGGUUAAAUCGAUUGCCAAAUGGGUCAUGCCAUGACCUGUUAGACACAUACAGCCCUACAGUAGUUACCGGGGAACAAUGUAGCUUAUAGUUUAAAAAGUAUUAAAAAUCAUCUGAGCACUGAACAUUUUGCCAUAUGCCAUUUGGCCAUAUCGCCCAGCCCUAAUCAAAGAAUAGUGCUGAAGUGAAGCUAAAUGUCCUGAAAAAUGUCAUUCUUUUUACAUGUGGGUUCUUUGCUGUACAGCUAUGUUCUUUGGGGCAUCAAAUCUUUCUCUCCAGCCACAUUUGGUCUCUAUCAAGCUGAGGCGUAUGAAGCUGACAAGGAUGAGGAAUGUAACCCAGACGUCGUUCCCUUUGCUAUUGCCAGGGUAAGGCAUCAUAUUUCGCCUUCAAACUCGGCGAGAAAGAGAGAGAAUGUGGUAUGUAGACCUGUUGGCUGUCCUUGGCUGAUCCUUUGGCGGCUGACACAUCAAACACAGCAGCCCGAGCGCUUUUGUUCGAGCCGCUACGCUUGUAUCUCUGCGUCACUUCGGCAGCAACCCUUCUCAGGCUUUUUAAACUCUUUCAGGUGAGGGUGAGAGAAACAAACUCCUAGCCAGCCCACUACUGCAAAGUCGCAAGGCUAGAAAUCCUUAAACAUUACCUAAGGCCCAUGAUUCAUUAGUGGUGAGAGCUCUGUAGCAUCUUUAGUUCCUGUUUCAAUUCGUAGCUAAUCUGUUGAAAUAUAAAUGCAAUUUUCUGGUGGUAUAUUUUUUGGAUCUGAUCUUUCUUAGUGGCAGUGGAUCACUUUGUAAGACGUUUGAUGGUAGAGGAAGCUUGAGUGUCUGCUGUGAAUAGACUUGAAAGAGAAGGUUGUUGUAGGCUAAAUCCCAUAUUUGUCCAUUGUUUUAAUGCUUUUUCAGAAGCAACAGCUCCUUACCAAAUGCUAUCUGAGACUGAGUUGACUCUCUGCUUCAAAGCUCUAGCAAGCAUGUGCAAGCUGGGAAGAAUGGUAUAAAAACUGGGUGUUGUUUAAAUGAGUUUGGUCCAUGUUGGUCUCUGUUGUCACAAGUGUUGAAGGCAUUGUUGCAGUAAUUUCUCUCAAUAUGACACAGAGUAAGUGACACUGUCGAAUUGGCAAAGACUUCUGUGCAUCUUGAAAAGCCUGCAAGUUAGAUGAUUAGAAAUGAUGAUAAUCCGAAACAACCCUUUAAACAUAAAGUGUAAACAGGUUGUGCACUGUGGAAUCUUGAGUGGAGAGGUUUGAGAAGCAUAUUGACCCAUGGCAGUAGGAAAUAUCAUUUCACUAGAUUGUGCAUGUCCCUGGUAAGCGUUCUGGCCUUGAAUGCUAGAGCUUCACUGAAGAAAAACUAUGGCUCUUGUAACAUAUGUAAACAUCACGAUGUUCUGGACAAAUCUGAAAUGUCUCAGAAGCCAUGUUUAGUUUCUAUUCUUCUGUAAAUAGAAAAGCCAUGUCACAGAAUGUCUCUUUUCCCUUGGGUCAGUUAAUCCAAUAGUUUGUCCUAAGCAUCCAUGCAUCAUAUGAUCAUCCCUGUUUUCUCUGAAUUUCUUAUAUUCAUAAACCACUGUAGUAAUCACCCAUCUGCAUGUCAGUAUUUCAUAAAUACUCUCAUACCACUAUUACUCAACAAACAUUACCAUCUGUUUACUCUGAGCGCGGUUGGGGGGGGAAAAAUGCAAAUAUGGGGUUGAACUCAUCUUGCUCUGUGUCCAAAAACUGUAGCCGUUCAUUAGAAUGUGAAUGUAUGCUCUUGACCCUGAUGUAGUUCUUGUAUUGGUGUGGACGGUGAAGGAGAAGGUCUUUGAGACUACUGGAUUUAGUAUGGCCAAUGUUAUGCCAGAUCUAAUUUGUGGAACAACUGAGCAUUGUAGUCUGGGUAUUGUAGUUUUCCAUCAGAUGUAGCAAAGAUGGCAUUGUAUCAUAGGUUUCACAUGACUAUGAGUCAGUCAUCUUGUUUGAUUCCAUUGAACAUGAAAGAAAAAAAGAGAUACUAUUUUUUAUUUUUCAUAUAACUCCAUAAAUGUGGCAGUGUUUUGGUUCUAUCAUAUCAUUGAAGAUGAUCGCCAUAACUUCUGUUGUACAAAUUUCAAAACUGAAAAUCUUUUUGGUUUCAACCUAAACUUCAGUAUUUGAAUGAUCUAGAUCCAGAUUUUUCAGAAACAAAUGAAAAACAGUUAUUUUCCCAUUCAACAAAAAAAAAAACAAGAAUUUAAAUAAGAAUUUAUAUUCCAUGUAUUGUGUUGUAAUUUGUUCCUUUGCCAUGUUUUCUGAAAUGUGAAUAGGCCGUAUUUGGUACAUGUCUCUCUGGUCCUUGUGGGUUGCUGUUCUGUGAACCAUAUGAAAUUUAAAGGGUUGAUGUUGCACCUGAUUCUCUGGUAUAGAAAAAGUACUGCUUUUUACAUAUGUAGUAUAUAUCAGUGGUUCUCAAAGUAGGGUCCUGGGACCCCUGGGGUUCUGUGAUCUAUAGCCAAGGGGUCCGCAAAAUAAUUUGCAUUAAAUUAUAAAGUUGUGGUUUAUCAUUUU